AUGGAUGCAAUCGAUAAUGAACAGGAAUUAGAAAGCAUAAAAGGCUUUCUGCGGCGUUCGGUGCAUGAGUGUUCCCAAAGGGGCUUAUAUUUUGCCGCUAAAUGGGCCGCCCAAACAUUAGCAUCUCUUCCAAAAAUUACCACAACAACUACAGCCGCAACAUCGUCAUCAUCGCUACCAUUAUCCAGCUCUUAUCCAUCGCACUCCAAUGCGGAUGAAGAAGAACAAGAUAAAUACCUGCUGGCGAAAACAUAUUUCGAUGUCAAAGAGUUCGACAGAGCUGCUUAUGUCUUGAAUGGUUGUGUGGGCGUCAAGCAGAGGUUUCUGAGAGUUUAUGCAAAGUAUUUGGCUGGAGAAAAACGGAAAGAGGAGGAUAACCACGAUAUCAUGAGUCCGCUUGAUGAUCCAAAAGCUGUUAAUAAAGAACUACUUGAACUUCUUGAUGAACUUGAAACCUGGUACAACAACGGAGAAAUGGAUGGCUUUCUAUUGUACAUCUAUGGUGUAAUCCUUCGUCAACGCUGUGCACAAUCAAAAGCAACAGAAGUCCUCUUAAAAUCGAUUAAUGCAUACCCAUACAACUGGAGUGCAUGGGUUGAGCUUGUGGGAACAUUUGCUAACCAGAGUGCGGCAAAACACAUAAGUACCCACCUCCCACAGUCAUUCAUGACCAAAUUUUUCCAAUUAUAUUGUGCCGUGGAAUUGCACGAUAAUGCCAAGAAUUUUAAUCAGAUGACUGAAGAAGUGCCCAAGGUGUUUGAAAAUAAUAACUUUGUUAAGACGCAGAAAGCUAUUUAUGCUUAUCAUAAUCAAAAUUAUGCAGAAGCAGAGCAAGAAUUCGACUCUCUCAUUGAAUCAGAUCCAUAUAGGCUGGAUGAUAUGGAUAUAUUCUCAAAUGUGCUGUAUGUAAUGGAGAAGAAAGCCAAAUUAAGUUAUUUAGCACAUAUGAGUUCUGCUACGGAUAAAUAUCGAUCGGAAACCAUGUGUAUUGUUGGAAAUUACUACAGCUUAAAAUUCGAACGCGAGAAGGCAAUUUCUUACUUCAAACGCGCCCUACAGGUUAACCGUAACUGCUUGACCGCAUGGACACUGAUGGGACAUGAAUACGUUGAACUGAAGAACACGCACGCUGCUGUUGUUGCCUAUAAGCGGGCUCUUGAGGUUAAUCCUCGUGACUAUCGUGCAUGGUUUGGAUUGGGACAGACAUAUGAAUGCUUACAGAUGCCGUUUUAUGCAAUGUAUUAUUACCAACGCGCUGUCGUCCUGCGUCCAUCCGAUGCACGGAUGUGGGGUGCUCUAGCAGCUCUAUAUGAAAAACAAUCUCUCCAAGUAGAGGCAAUAAAAUGUUAUCAACGUGUGCUAGGCUGUACCGACAAUGACAUAGAGUCGUCUACCGCGGCUAUUAUAAAGUUGGCGCGAUUGUACGAGACAUUGAAUCGGGAUAAGGCAGCUAAUUAUUUUGAAAUGGUGUUACAGCAGAAGGCCCGGGAAGUAGCUGCGAUCGAUUCAGAUGAAGCCAAACAUGCGCAUAUAUUCUUGGCAUAUUACAAAAGCGACAAGGGCGAUAUAGCAGCAGCAACUUUACACGCCCAAGAAAUGAUGGAAUAUGGUGAUGCGGCAAAGGAAGAAGCAAGAAAACUAAUGAGCGAAUUGAACACACGACAAAAUGCUCUCCAAUUUACUUAA